AUGGAAUCCGGCAGAGGUCAAGGUGGGAUCCAACAGUUACUUGCUGCUGAACAAGAAGCUCAACACAUUGUCAAUGCUGCAAGAAGCGCAAAAAUGGCAAGACUGAAGCAAGCCAAGGAAGAGGCUGAGAAAGAGAUUGCCGAAUACAAAGCUAAAACAGAGCAAGACUUCCAGAGGAAACUUGAGGAGACCAGUGGAGAUUCUGGUGCGAAUGUGAAGAGGCUGGAGCAGGAGACUGAUGCCAAAAUCGAACAGUUGAAGAACGAAGCUUCGAGGAUUUCCAAAGAUGUUGUGGAAAUGCUUCUGAAAAAUGUGACCACAGUCAAGAACUGA